AUGUUUGCCACGGACUCGUUGCCGUUGCCCCGCCGGCGCUCGAGCCAGAGAAGCCAGGCCAGCCAGGAGAGCAAAGCCAGUAAGGCGUCGAAGGCGUCAGUGGAGAGCGCCCGAAGCGCUAAGAGCUCGCGCAGUUCGAGGUCUUCGAGGGCGUCUCGCCGGUCUAGAGAGCCGCUGACGGCCACCACUGCCAUCCCCAAUACUCGCAAACGCAGAGCGCUGCCACUGGCGCUGAGAGAGUCCACCACUACCACGGCUUCCCCGUCGAAGAAGCGCAACCGGUUCAGCAUAGCGUCGUCGUCGUCGUCGCGCAACGAGGACGGCGCCGUGGCGCCGGUGGCGCGUAGCCGCAACAGCAUCAGCCGCAACGACUGCGCCAGUGUCUACGACGUGGCGCCGCCGGCGCCAAAAGCGACGAAGACCACGAAGUGGCUGAGCCCGCGCCAGGUGAUGGGCCUCUUUGCCGUCCACCACCACAUCCACCACAUCGUCCACAAGAUUGUCCACUGCGACGUUGACCUGGAGGUGAGCUGGCACGACGUCGACUGCCGCAAACACAAGCGCCAACGGUGCCUGCGCCGGCCCCACGUGUCGUUCACCGAAGACAGCUUUUAG